CUGCACGCAACACAAGACGAUCGACGACUACAACCCCGCCAGAGAGCAAAGAUGGCCCCCUGAUCAACAGGUAGUUCGAGCGAACCGUCCGAGAGGUGCCAGCGCGAUUGUUUUCGUUCGUUCCGCGGAAUUCAAAGUCGAACCUGUAAAAAAUGUAGUGACCGCACCGUCGGUUGGAAUCGGUUUUGUACGGCGGAUAUUCGGUUGCUCUUGAUCGUGGCGUUGCGAUCGCGUCACAAAUGUUGCGUUCCAAGUGGACAUUAGCAAGCUUAAGUGGAUUGUGUUUACGCCUCGGAAAAUGUUAACACUGCUGAGCGAGUUGCACUUUUGGUCCACCAAGGAGGACAUCACCGUCAAGGACACCGAUCUGGGAGCGACCAAGUACUACGAGAAAAAGUCCGAAAAUGCAAAAUCAAUAUACUCGGAGGGCAAGAAGCACUACUUUGAGGCGCGCGGCUUCAAGUGGAACGUGGACAACAAAAAGCCCAACAAACUGCGCAAUGCGCUCAAGCUGCUGGAAGAAGAACUUCGCCAGCGGCGAAUCGUGUUCUGCAAGUGGAAGAACAACCUCAUCGUGCAGAUCAUGCUGUCCAACGGGCUGCUCAUCCACGUUGCCAUCAACCCGUUCACCGGCGACAUCAACCGGAUCUACUUCGACAAGUACUUCAUCGGCAAGCUCAUCUCCGAGCAGAUCACCGACGUGAUCAUCACCCAAACCCACGUCCUCGUCUCGUACAACGAGAACCAAAUCACCUUCGUGCACCUGCAGAAACCAACGCCCAAGCGGAACAACCUGGAGAAGAUCGCCCUCAUGGACCCCCGUAUCUACAACGUGAUCAUCGGCGGCCCAACCACCCGCAAGAUCCCCAAACACCUCGUCUGCAGCCACGCCCAGGAUCUCGUCAUAGUGUGGACCAAAUCGUCCCAGAACGAGGUCUACCCGUGGCGACCCACCGUCAAGGACGCCGACCGGGCCAACCUGCACGUGUACAAACUGAACGGACCGAAGCUCGAGCUGCUCUGCUACUACUGGACCGAGUACGACCCGAUUUCGGUGGACUUUUCCCUGCUCAACGGCUUCCAGAUCCACUCGGUCGAGCAGAAGGUGUCCAAGAAGGGCGACGUCACCAUCGACAGCUGCAUCUACCAGAUCAACCGGACGAAGAUGCGCCGCGUCGCGGUCACCUCAAUCCCGCUGCAGACCCAGGUCUGCUGCAACGCGUUUAGCCCGGACCAUGAAAAGCUGAUGCUGGGCUGCAUCGACGGCUCGAUGAUCCUGUUCGACGAGGGCCGGGGCAUCACACACCUGGUGAAGGCUGCCUUCAUUCCCACGUUCGUGUCGUGGCACAGCGACUCGUCGGUGGUGAUGAUCGCGAACGAAAAGUGCCAACUGCAGUGCUUCGACAUUGCGCUGUCCUGCGUGCGGACGCAACUCGUGAGUGAGGACGUCGUUCCGUCGAGCGUGCUGGACCUGUCGAACUACUUUGCGCACCCCUGCAACCUGGCCAAGCUGUGCUGGAGCAAGAAGCCGGAAAUGACGGAGCAUUUGGAGAAGUUCGCCGUCACGGAUUCGUUUCUGCUGCUGGCGUUCGAGAACGGUCCGCUGGGAUGUUUGCGACUGGUUGGGGGAACUGGGUUGAAGGGGGACGUUCACACGUCUGGGUUAACGGCUGACGUGUUGAUCCACAAGUACAUCUCGCUGAAUCAGGUCGAGAAGGCGAUUAAUAUCCUGUUGAGUCUGAACUGGGACACGUACGGAGCCAUGUGCUUGCUGUCGCUGCAUCGAAUAGCAAACCACGUGUUCAAGCAGCCGCUGGGCACGGAACGUGAGCUGCAGCUCCAGAAAGCGCUCGGGAGCUUUCUAGUACCUGUGAAACCGCUGUGUUACGAGACGGAAACGGAGUUUGGUGAUCAGGUGAACGACAUUACGUUGCGAUUUUUUCACUACCUGCUGCGGAACAAAUCGUACAACAAGGCGUUCAGCCUGGCGAUCGACAUCAACGAUGCGGAUUUGUUCCUCAAGCUGCACGACAAGGCCAAGAGCGACGGCGACCAGGAGCUGGCCAAGGAGGCGCUGAAGAAGGUGGACGACAUCAACCGGAUAUGCACGGAUCGGAGCGACAGUGAGCACUCUCUCUGCUCGCAUUCGUCCUGUUCCUUGUGCGCGGACAGCUUCGACGAGGACGAAGACGACGACGACAUCGACGCGGGCGAGGAGGACGAAGACGAAUCGGAACACGAGGCCGCUCCCCCACAGCUUCCAGCCUCGGUUCGCACCGCCAAAACCGUCCACGCGGACGCCGCCAGCUUCAAGUCGUACUCGACCUCGUCCAGCUCGUCCAAGUCUUCGCAGAUUCGACGCAACGGCAGCAUCAAGCAUCCUCCGCUGCCCAAGACGACGACCGCUGCCGGGUCAGCGACAGGUCGGAUGGCGGCUACGGCGAAGAUACGAUCAAAGGCGGAGUUCAGCGACAGGCCACCGUUGCCGUACGUGGUGAAGAAGCCGCCGCCGACGACGAUGCAGCGGAGUCAAACGGCGACUGCGCUGAAGCUGAGCAAGCAGCAACAGUCGCGUGUGGCGCAGAUCAAACUGAAGGGCAAGUCGCUGAGUUCGAGCAAUCUGCUGUCGGUGGCGGACAACAGCUCGCCGUACUUUGGUUCAACACAGAGUGGGAACGUGCGGGCACGGUUGAAUCCUCGCGAGAAAGCUGCGAGGUUGUACUCGUCCGGGGCGAGCAGUUUGUCCAUGGAGCAGUUGGACAUAGCGAACAGGAAUUCGAGGCAGCCUUUCUACGUUGACUUUGUGGACAGUCCUGCGGGUGGGCGACCUCCUCCAAACGGUCAGCACGUGGUGAUCGACGUCGUUCCCAAGCCGCAGUCGAGCCCGAGCGCUCACAAGUUUCCGCCAACCAACAUUCUCGAUCAGACGAUCGGCAUCCCAAUAGUACAAGACGAACCGGACUACGUGCGGCGUCCACCUACAGCGCCCCAACCCCGGAAGCCCUGGUUCACGCAGCAGCCGUCCCAGUUCCGCAGCAUCCCCAACACGGCCAACGCCAACAACGCUCCUCGCACCGUCAUCCAUCAGUACCCGCUGAUAUCCGGCAACAUUCCGUCCAAGUUCCAGCAGUCCAAGCAGCAGUUCCAACCCGCGCUCGACGCCGUAGACCGGGCACGCUACCAGCAACGCCGCAAGGAACCACCCCCUGUAACGGCCUCAAUCCUAUCGAACAGUACAAAUUCCUCCUCUUCGGCGGCCGGACCGUCCUUCCAACAGCCGGGCAGUUCUUCCUCGUCGUCCUCCACGAAAAAAGAGAGCGGCGAAAAGAACAAGGUCAAGUUCUCCGACACCGUCACCGUUGCCGUAGUUCCGGAAAUCCCCCGCAAGGACAAACUCGGCGAAAAGUCCCGCAAGCCACCCCCGCAGUACAACUCGCUGAUCGCGGACCCCAAGCGGGAACUGGCGGAAAGCCUGCCGCUGUGCCAUCCCAACGAUGACUACCUGAAGGACUUUACGCCCAUGCAGGAUGUCAUCGGUAACAACGAGCCAGAGAACAACGACAACGGGGAGAGCAAGAAGAUCCCGAACAUCAAGGUGGUCCACUUUGGUGUCGUGUAGGCGGGGCCGGAGAGCAGAGCAGAAGAAUCAGUAUUUUUUCUCUUUAUGUUUUAUAGGCUAUUUUUGCACUAUUUUGUAAGCUGUUGUAGUAUCUUGUAAAUAUUGGAACCGUACUGUCUAUGUUUGUACUUAAGAGUUGUAUAUUUAUUACCUUGGUUAUUUGCAAUAAUUCAAUAAAGUUACAUCAUGGAAUAAAAUAUAUUUAAA